CGGGAUCUGGGCUCUCCACUUACAUUAUUCAUACGGAGGGUGUGACUUGUUGGCUCUUUUUCCGCCUGUAUAAAACGACAAGUUCGCUUAAAAGAAAAUACAGAUGGAGAAGGCUAGCCGACUCGCUUUGACACAGAUAGUCCCCUUAAGCCUACGUGACAACUCGCAUACUGUCCCUUUGUGACCAGCUUAUCGGCAGAAUGCCCGGUCUAUGCGUGCUUUGUCUCACUGCGGUGCUCGCUACAUUCACCCGUUUCGCGGAAACCGUGGGACCGGUGGUCCGAUGUGAGCCGUGUGACGCAGGGGCUCUCAUGCAGUGCAAACCGCUGCCAAAAGACUGCACUGAGAGGGUUCGGGAGCCCGGCUGCGGAUGCUGUCUGACUUGCGCGCUUUCCAAGGGCCAGGCGUGUGGAGUUUACACCGGGCGUUGUGGCUCCGGACUGACCUGUCAGCCCCAAACCGGGGAGACCCGACCACUGCAAGCUCUGCUAGAGGGACGGGGAGCGUGUUCCAGCAUCGCGUCCAAAAAACUCAGCACAAUCCUGCUUACGGUGCAGAAACAAGAGAAUUCAGGUGGCGAGCAGGCUGGGGCAGAAGAAGAGCAUUGUGGCAACAUCACUUCUACAAUCACCCCAUCUGCAGCAGUGAUGGGAGGUGCAGUAGGUGUGGAGGCUGGGGGAGGACACAGAGGGUCCAUAGAGACCAAGUCGCCGCAGCUCACCAGGCUGGACGUGAUUAAGAAGGAGCAGAAUAAGAAAAGUCAGAGCUACAAGGUGGAGUCAGUAUCUGGGGGACUCCACAUCGACAUACACAACUUCUCCCUAGAGAACAAGAGGGAGAAUGAGUAUGGCCCAUGCAGGAGAGAGAUGGAGAGCAUUUUGACCAGUCUUAAAAUCUCACACGUGCUCAACCCUCAAGGCUUCCGAAUCCCAAACUGUGACAAAAAAGGUUUCUACAAGAAGAAACAGUGCCGUCCAUCCAAAGGAAGAAAGCGAGGCUACUGCUGGUGUGUUGAUAAAUAUGGUGAGACUCUCCCUGGCUACGAUGGAAAAGAUAGACGGGAAGCCCUGUGCUACAGCCUGGAGAGCAAAUGAAAGGCAGAGAAAGGAUGGGGGCUUGGAGAGAAAGAAUGAGAAGAACAAAUGAGAGAGGAAUGAGAAUAACUUGAUUUUACUCCUGGCCUGCAAGAAGCACAGUCGAAAGAGAGCUGGACCUUUGUUUGACCUUAGGUCACAUGACUGCCAGGUAUGGGAUGGAGGGAGGGCAAGGGAGGGGGGUGGAAAGAAGGGAUAUUACUGAGGGAGCACAACCUAUAGGCCAAGCAUUCUGCUCAUCAUCUACAGCUACAGUGUCUGCUCUGGGCCUUGGGAACCACUGCCCCUCGCAUGAAAACAAGAUCACCUGCACUAAAGUUUUAGAGGGAGGAAGGAGGGACAUUUCCACUCUAUUUCAGGAGGACUAUGAGUGAUUGUGACCCAAGGCAACGUGUGUUGUGCGUGAGUGCGCGCGUGUGUUUUAGUGUGUUGGUGCCCAUGUAAAAGCCCUCUUUCACUAAGCUCUUGCAUCCAAACCCAAAUCCCGACCCCUUUUAUCCUCUCCUGCAGAGACUCCUCCCCCAUUCUCAGGGUCCAUAAUAAUGAAGUAAAGGCUCAUGGGUAGGCAGGUCUCUGGUCUGUUCCCUGCCAUGUCUGACGCCAUUGACCUUCCCAACUGUCUUUUUACCACCCAGCUUGCCCCACCCAAGGUGCUGCGUUACAUUAACAGGUUCUGGGGAAAGAAUGGAGAUGGUGCCCGACUACGAUGCCUUAAAACCCCACAUUGCUACCUUUGCCGCCUCUGCGUCCUUACCUUAGCCCCUCCUCACAGGUGCUCACAAAACGAUACCGCCCCGCAGCCUUGAGGUUUGGUCCAGUUGACUCUCGAGUGGCCUAGCCGAGCUGGCGGACUCCAGUCAGGAAACGGGGCCAGCGUUGCUGCGAUGACAAGCUGGUCUCUCCAUCUGCAGUCUUUCUCCCGUCAGUGGUGCGUACGACCUGGUGUAAGGUCCUUCAGACUGGGCGUGCUUGGCGAGACUGUGCUAUUCUCUCCGCCAUAGGUGCAGCUGUCCCCAGGCUCCAGCCCAAGCACAAGCACUUAAAGCACUUUAGCUACACCCAACAAACUCCCCCAUAGUGUUCCUCCCCAGCUGUUGCAUUGAAGUCAUACCUUUUCCAUAGAGACAACCAUUCGCAAGGUCGAUAGCUGUUGGAUAAAACGACAACAACCAACAAAACUUCAAGCAGUGAACAUUUCCAGCCUAGCAAACAACCCCCCUACUUCCAUUCAAGGUGAAGGGUGUUUCCUUCUUGGCAAUAUUGUUCUUAAGGAUGCGUUUAUGAUCUUAUGCCAGUUCAACUCCGUGAGCUGGACAGCACCAAAUAUGCAUUUAAGAAGCAGACUGAGGGCCCGAGUGGGGUCCUCCUAGUCAUCCUGCCGACGCUUUCACGUAUCCUGUGUCUGAAAUGGCACCAAAUUUGGAUUUGGAUGAAGACAGUAGAGAGUGCACAAUAAGCAAUCCUAGCCCAGUAGCUUGGUAGCAUGGAAUUGGCAGCACAUCCACUUUUGAAAUAAUUAACAACAACAACUUAAAAUGAAAUAAUCCACAGGUGCUACAUCCCAUUCUAUUUGAACACUUGAUUUAGGGGGAGGCACAUACAUUUUUGUUUAAGCUAUUGUCCACCCCCUUUCUUGUCCUUUGUGUGUCUUUUUAUAUAUUCUUUUCUUGGCCAGCUAUGUCUGAAUAGACGUAUGGUGCAGUACAUUAAAGUAAAAAAAGAAAAAAAAGACUUUAUUUAUCAAAGAAAGAAUCAUAAGCUGAUCCAAACUAUGUUUUUUUUUCUUAUGAACAAUUCAGUGACUUACCGAUUGUACAACAAAGUGGAAGUUGAUUCAGCUUAUUUUAGGGAAUAUAAUCACUAAUGAAUGUUUUUUUUUUUAUAUGAUUAACUCUCUUUCUUCUGGUUCUCAGCAGUGUCAUUAUAUUGUCUAGUCAGUUGCCCAGUCAGUCAACUACUCGGCCGUAGGUCUUUCUAAUAAGUGUUUCACAGACAGGGCCAGCACACACAGUGAACUGAGAUUAUCAAUGAUGAGAAUUUGAAUUAGAAUUCUAACUGACAUCCUGAAUUGACUUAACGGAGUCUGAUCCUGUGUUUAUUCCUGUGGGUCUACAGUCCAGUGGAACUCUCAGUAUGUCAGUUGGUGUCGACAAUACUUCUGUGUGCACCAAGUCAUACUGUCUUACUCCUGGUCCACUGGACAGACCCGAGAUCACCUCUUUAUCUGCUAUCUACGUGAUGUCACUUUUUUGCUGGUCACCUAAUAAUCUCUCUGUUGUUCACGGGUAAUUCUGUUUUAUUUGAUUUUUUUCGUUGUGUUCUCUUUCAAGUUUUUGCGUUUAAAGAGUUGCUAUUCUUUAAAGAAUAAAAGCUUUUCAUGUUACUAAACUAGAAAAUCACACAGCUGUUCUUUCCUUUAAGAAAGGAAAA